GCCGGGCUCUUCUUCGUAGUGCCGCCGGGACCGUUGGCGAGUGAGUGUGUGUGGCAGCUUCCGUACUACUCGAGCCCCGGGCGCUGCGAGCUAAAGAGCAGAGCACGCGGGCGGGUCAACAUGUCGCGCUACGGGCGGUAUGGAGGAGAAACCAAGGUAUAUGUUGGUAACCUGGGAACUGGUGCUGGCAAAGGAGAGUUAGAAAGGGCUUUCAGUUAUUAUGGUCCCUUAAGAACAGUAUGGAUUGCAAGAAAUCCCCCAGGAUUUGCCUUUGUGGAAUUUGAAGAUCCUAGAGAUGCAGAAGAUGCUGUGCGAGGACUGGAUGGGAAGGUGAUUUGUGGUUCCCGAGUGAGGGUUGAACUAUCAACAGGCAUGCCCCGGAGAUCUCGUUUUGAUAGACCACCUGCCCGACGUCCCUUUGAUCCCAAUGAUAGAUGCUAUGAGUGUGGCGAAAAGGGACAUUAUGCUUAUGAUUGUCAUCGCUAUAGCCGUCGAAGAAGAAGCAGGUCACGAUCUAGAUCACAUUCUCGAUCCAGAGGAAGGCGGUACUCUCGCUCGCGUAGCAGGAGCAGGGGACGGAGGUCAAGAUCAGCAUCUCCUCGACGAUCAAGAUCUGUAUCUCUUCGUAGAUCAAGAUCAGCUUCACUCAGAAGAUCUAGGUCUGGUUCUAUAAAAGGAUCGAGGUAUUUCCAAUCCCGGUCAAGAUCAAGAUCUAGAUCUAGAUCUCUUUCACGACCAAGAAGCAGCCGAUCAAAGUCCAGAUCUCCAUCUCCAAAAAGAAGUCGUUCCCCAUCAGGAAGUCCACGCAGAAGUGCAAGUCCUGAAAGAAUGGACUGAAGUUCCUCAAGUUCACCCUUUAGGGAAAAGUUAUUUUGUUUACAUUAUUAUAAGGGAUUUGUGAUGUCUGUAAAAUGUUACCUAGGAAGGAUAUUUCAACCAUCUAAUCAAAAUGGAUCUGGAUUAAUACUCUGUAAAUUCACAGCAGUAAGAUAAUAUAAGUUUUUUGUUGAAUGUAUUAACAUCUUAUGGUCUGAACAUGGGUUUUUAUUUGGCACAUUUAAAUAAAAUGUUUCUAACUAGAUUUUUGAUUCGUGUUCAAUAUUAACACUUCUCAAUUUGGUAACCAUCAGGAGUCAAACUUGAUAACUAUUAAAUAUUCAUACAGAGUUACAUUCAAAGUUUAAUGGUGUUAAAAGUCUUGAACAUCAUUAACUGUUACAUACAUAACACUUUGUCAACAUCUUAAGGGACUUUGAAAAAUUCUAUUUUACCCUUGUAUCUGGGUAAGAUGAUCUUGAGUCCCCUGUAAUAGUAUGAGUUUAUCAUGACAGAUCCCUCAAUUUAACUUAUUGAAGUUGGUGUUAAGAGACAUCAAACUAAUGAUCUCAAUCUGUCAAUCUAGAGGGACCACUGAUUGACCUAUAAAUGAGCAUGACGGGAACUAAGCAAAGCUUUUUGAGUAAAUGUGAUAUAAGAUGUAAGGAGAAACUGAUUUCUGGAGGCUGUUUUAGCUUAUUGAUGUUUCCAGGCAAUUAGGUGGGAUGGUUUCUAUUCAGUGUUCUUUGUUUUCAAACAUUAGUUAACUGAUUUUAUACCAAAAAAAAAAAAAAAAAUGCAUGUAUGAGAAAUUGUCUGGAUUUGGAAUAAAAUGUAAACCAGCUUUGCAAAAUUUUCCAGCCUAGAUAUUCUUCUGUAUUCCUUCAAAUGGAUCACCUUAUUUUGUUCAAAGACCUAUUAUGUCUAAGCUAGGUUUCACAAUUCCCAACAACCAACAUUAUUUUGCCAAGCUGGUGCAAAGUAAUUAAUGAUGUCAAUCAGCAAUGUUAAUGAGACUUAAGCAGUUUUGUAAAUCCCACUUAUUUAGUAGCAACAUUUCAUGUAGCUUAAGUUUUUUUGGUAGUAUAUGGUAGACCUUAGAAUGUUACAGCCAGUAGGUUCUUAUUCAGACUUAACUAUAUUAAGUAUAAUGGGACAAUGGUUAAAACUUUUACCAGGUAUUUUCUACCUUGGUGUAAAAGGAAAAAGUGCUGGUGGCACAGGAAUCUGUCCUUGUCUGUUUUCUUAAGGCUUUUCUACAAAGUCAUUGGAUGAUAAUGCAAUUUGGGAAUACUGAUCUGCCUCAAAUUUAUUUGGUGGUCUGAGUGAUCACUAGUAUAUUAGAAGUUAUUUGGGUUCUUUGUUUUAGAAUUUUGACAACUGAGCAUUAUAUGGUUGGCAUAAAGCUGUGUAAUUGGCAGGCUUAUUUGUUGCACUGGUUAGCUUUAAUUGUUCUGUAUUAUAUAAAGAUAAGUUUACUCAACAAUAAAUCUGCAGAGAUUGAACAAAUAA